AUGGCCACCCGCUGCCCGCACUUCCGCCCGCCGCCUCCCACGGAGCCCCGCCGCGGGCCGCGGCCCGGCGGCGCUUCCGCUUCCGCCUCGGGAGGUGGCUCCCCGCGCGCUCCGCCUCGCCCCCGGGCCGGCCCGCGAUGGGGCGGGGCGUGGAGGGGCGGGCCCGUGGGCGGGGCCCGGCGCGCCACCAGGGCAGUGGGGGGCCCGGCCCCUCCUGGGAGGGUCGGGCGUUGUGAGACCGCGCGCGCUCAGGCGGCCGCCCUAGUCUCCUGUCCCCUCACCUGUCCCCUUAGCUGUCCCAUCUCCUGUUCCCUCUCCUGUCCCUCACCUGUCCUAUCUCCUGUCCUCCUGUGCCCUCAGCUGUCCCCUCAGCCCCCCUCAGUUCCCCCAGAGGCCCUUAGCCUCGGAACGGGCGCGUGGCUGUGCCCUGCGGCUGCAGGAGGCCGAGGGGACGAGGCGCAGCUGCUCCUGAGGCGAGUGGGUGACCGCAGAGCGGGAGCGCUGUCCCGCCUGGCAGCCUGGACGCCGGCCCUCCUCCUGGACGGAUACCGGACAGGUCACAAAACUGAAAGAAAGAAGAAGCGCGAGGACAGGCAGUGGAGUAGCUCCAGGAGCCAUACCUGGAAGACAGCCUCUCCUCAGGGCACUUCUCUCAAGAUCAACGUGGAGGUAACUGCACACCAGCCUGAGCGCCCCAAGGCUGUUUGUUAAGGAAAAUCUUUGAAAAUCAAAACAUCCUGCUGGGGGUUGGCGGGCCAGGCAAACCUCAUUGUGAAUUCUCGUGGUGUGGAGGCGUUAAGAUACACCCACGCGACCCGAUACGCUGGAAAGCAGUGACACAUCCCCUCCCCCAUCUGUCCCUCUAUCGCAGUGAAAGGUUUCAUAAAAUUCAAUGUCAGGUGGAAAAGUAUAAGUGUUUUCAUAUUUUCAGCUUUCUUUCAGAAACUAGGAUCUAUUUAAUACAUUCAG